AUGUACAUUCCAGCUCCGACUCAUGGGCUGGUGGCCCGUCAAAACGGCACCAGCACCGAGACCAAAGACGCCAAACCAGAUCCCGGUCCAAAUGGUUCCGACAAGAAUAUCACUUAUGUCAUUGUCGUUCUGGCUGCCGUUUGCUUUCUCUCGCUCAUCGCUAUUGUCUGGUUCGUUUUACGCUACCUGCGCAAGAAAGGCUGCAGUCCGAAGUACAUCCCCUCCAAAUUUCUGAAAGAGAAAUGGACUCGCUGGAACGUGGGGAAAUCCUAUGAUCCAGUCGCAAAUGGCUCCGCUGUCAAUCGAAACGCGUCUGCCCCAGGCACCGACGGCACAGAAAUGGCCGCGCGCACUACCAACACCGUCCGUCGAGAUGCUUCGAUCCGCUCCAUUGCUACACUCCCUGCCUAUUCCGCGAAUCCGAAUACCGGCGAACAGGUCAUUGCCCGCGAAGGAGAACGAGAUGGGAUGGACACUGUGGUCGAAUACCCUGAGACUGCCGAAGAAGAGGAGGCCCGCAGAGAGGGGCUGAUGGCUAGCUUGUACCAAGCUCGUGUGCGCCGUCGGGAGGAGUUGGCGGCACGUGAGGCCAGACGACAGGCGCGCCGUGAAGCUCGUGUUCGUGGUGAUCAUGCCCAGUUGGAAUUACUGCGGGACGAGGAUCGUCGUCUCCGUGAUCGCCAACGUAAUAGGAGCCAUUCUUCGACGAACGAAAGUGGUAGCACUUCCAAUCUUUCUUCGGCCUUGGAGCAAAGUCGCGGUCGCGACAGACGGAUUUCCAGUGUUAGUUACGCCGAUGUGGGCUACGUUCGCCACGACGGCUCCCGUGUUCGAGCUCCUUCCCUUGACUCCGAUCGUCGCCCGUUGCUCUUCAGCACUCCUUCCGCCGGCUUUGAUACAUCCAACCGGUCUUCUCUCGUCGAGGCGACCAGCAUACACUCGCGGGGUGAAUCCUACUCUUCUGCUUCCACGGGUCCGGUCGAUCCCGGCAAUUUGACCAGGGUCCAGUCACAAGCGCAUUCUAUGCAAUCUACGAUGCCAUCCACCCCUGGUGGGGACGAAGGAGAUGUCGGUGACUUGACCAUCCCCCCGCCCGACUACGACAAUCUAGACUGGGGAGAGGCGCCCCCUUAUCAGAGUCCGGACUCCCCACGCGGCGAGCAGGUCGCACGCUCGCGGGAUCUGACCGCUGUGCCUACCAUCCACGUGGAUGUGGCCAGUCCCGUCAGCGAGAGUCCCCGGGGCUCCCCUGGUCCUGCACCUAGAAGUGUGGAUUCUUCGCUUGAAAACUCCCCUCAAGCUCACUAG